UGUUAUUUUAUGACAUUUAUUUGUAAAACUAAUACUAACGCUUAUAAUAUAGUUCAUUGUUUAUUGUUUAUCGUAUUUUUAAAAAAUAUAAAUAAAAUUUAAUAAAAUGAGUUUUUCCAGUGAUGAAGUAAAUUUUUUAGUGUAUCGGUAUUUGCAAGAAUCAGGUUUUCAACAUUCUGCAUAUACUUUUGGCAUAGAAUCCCACAUUUCACAAAGUAAUAUAAAUGGCGCUUUGGUGCCGCCAGCAGCACUCCUAAGCAUUUUACAAAAAGGAUUACAGUAUACAGAAGCUGAAAUAAGUGUCGGCGAAGAUGGGUCUGAGCAAAGGCUUCCGGAGAGUCUCAGUCUCAUUGACGCUGUUAUGCCAGAAGUCGUGGCCAGUAGGCAAAAUCAACAGAAUCAACAUAAACAAGCUAUUAAAACAGAAUCUGCUGAAAAUGCAAACGGAGAAGAAUCAACAAAUACAACAACAGCAACACAAGAAACAAUGGAAGUUGAUCGGUCAAUUGAAAUACCUGCAUCAAAAGUGACAGUAUUACGUGGACACGAAAGCGAAGUAUUUAUUUGUGCUUGGAAUCCAAGUACUGAUUUAUUAGCCAGUGGAUCCGGAGAUAGCACAGCUCGAAUUUGGGAUAUGUCGGAUAACUCUGCACGGCCUAGUCCUAAUCAAUUGAUACUGAGGCAUUGCAUUCAGAAAGGUGGAACAGAAGUACCGAGUAAUAAAGAUGUUACAUCACUGGAUUGGAAUUGCGAUGGAUCUUUGCUGGCUACUGGAAGUUAUGAUGGAUACGCUAGGAUUUGGAUGAUUGAUGGACGUCUUGCAAGCACUUUAGGGCAACAUAAAGGUCCAAUUUUUGCUUUGAAAUGGAAUAGACUGGGAAACUAUAUUUUAUCAGCCGGGGUUGACAAAACUACAAUUAUUUGGGAUGCAGCAAGUGGUGAAUGCACACAACAAUUCUCAUUUCAUUCUGCGCCCGCUUUGGAUGUUGACUGGCAAACAAACACAUCAUUUGCAAGUUGUAGUACGGAUCAGUGUAUUCAUGUUUGCAAACUAAAUGUUGAUAAACCCAUUAAAAGUUUUCAAGGGCAUACAAAUGAAGUUAAUGCUAUCAAGUGGGAUCCACAAGGACAACUUUUAGCAUCCUGUUCAGAUGAUAUGACUCUUAAAAUUUGGUCAAUGAAACAAGAUAAUUGUGUACACGACUUACAAGCACAUUCUAAAGAAAUUUAUACAAUAAAGUGGUCUCCAACAGGACCAGGAACACACAACCCUAAUAUGAAUUUAAUAUUAGCCAGCGCAAGUUUUGAUUCCACUGUUCGUUUGUGGGAUGUUGAAAGAGGAACUUGUAUACAUACAUUGACAAAACACACAGAACCAGUAUAUUCAGUAGCUUUUAGUCCAGAUGGAAAAUUCUUGGCUUCUGGUAGUUUUGAUAAAUGUGUUCACAUAUGGUCUACACAAUCAGGACAGUUGGUUCAUAGUUAUAAAGGAACUGGUGGUAUAUUUGAAGUAUGUUGGAAUUCAAAAGGUUCAAAAGUAGGAGCAAGUGCAUCGGACGGUAGUGUAUUUGUUCUAGAUCUCAGAAAAUUGUAAUUUAAUUAGAUAAUUCUUAAUAGUGAUUUUAAUGCCCAGUAAUAAUCAUUACUUAUUACUUAGCAGUAAAAAAUGAAACCAAGCUAUGAGCAACAUUUAUUUCUAAUUGCUAAUUUUAAAUGGUGGGUGUGAUAAGUUUGAGUAAGAUGAAUAAACUAUA